AUGCUUCCCGAGCUGAAUAUCCCCAGGGAAAACUUUGUCUUUGUUUCCGGCAUCGGUUGCUCCAGCCGCUUCCCCUACUACUUGAAUACCUACGGUUUUCACGGAAUACACGGCCGGGCCCCGACCUUGGCUACCGGCAUCAAGGCCUCCCGUCCCGAGCUGUCGGUCUGGGUGAUUACCGGGGAUGGAGAUGCCUUGAGCAUCGGCGGCAACCAUUUCAUGCAUGCGAUUCGCAGAAAUCUGGACAUAAACAUCAUUCUCUUCAAUAACAGGAUUUACGGCUUGACCAAGGGCCAGUAUUCUCCGACUUCCGAGUUCGGCAAGAAGACCAAAUCCACUCCGGACGGGUCCAUCGACUAUCCGAUCAACCCCUUGUGCAUUGCAAUCUCCAACGAAGCCACCUUCGUCGCACGCUCCAUUGACGUGGAUGUGAAGCACCUCUCCUCAAUCCUUACCCAGGCGGCGCACCACAAGGGGGUUUCUUUCGUGGAGGUGUUUCAGAAUUGCAACAUCUUCAAUGACGGGGCUUUUAAGCACUUCUCGGAGCGGAAAGUUCGGGACGAUCGCACCAUCCGUCUGGAAGACGGGAAGCCCCUGGUAUUUGGCAGGGACCGGGACAAGGGAAUUCGGCUGAAUGGCCUCAAGCUGGAGGUGGUGGAACUUCGCCAGGGAGUUCCCGAAACGGACCUGCUGAUGCACGAUAUCCAUGACCCGGAGCCCCAUCUGGCGAACCUGCUGGCUCGCAUGGAGUAUCCCGACUUUCCCGUGCCUCUGGGAGUUUUCCGCUCCGUGGCUAAACCGACCUACGAUGAGUUGAUGGAAGCCCAGGUGGAGGACGCGAUCAGCCGUUCGGGAGCCGGGGAUCUGGAACGACUGCUCAACAGCGGGGAUGUCUGGGUGGUGAACUAG